UGCGUGUAUACGGAAGUCCAUCGCGAUGCCGUCUUGUUAUCACGCUUGUGUCGGGUAUACACCUGUUUUGUUUUGUAACUUCUUCAAGAAACCUUUUGACAUUACGGUGCCACUUCUCACUCAUACUAGAGUUAAGUAGCUGCACAUAGGCUAGCCCAUAAAAGGAUAACCACCGAUUCACCGAAUUCUGUAACUUCUACGAUAACUGCCCCAGCCAAACGAUUUGAGCAGAAGUGAUGAUGAUGGCAUGUAGCGAAAACUCUGAAAAACGCGUCCAAUUUGUGGUUGUGGGUGGUGGAAUUGCCGGAGUUACUUGCGCUGAACAGCUUGCGUCUCAGUUCACAUCGGACAGUGUGGUACUUCUGACAGCUGCACCAUUGGUUAAAACGGUGACGAAUUUCAGACAGGUGGCGCAGAUCUUGGAGGAUUUCGAUGUGGAGGAACAGCCCUCGACUGUGCUGGAGGAGAAGUAUCCGAAUCUGAAGGUCAUUCAGUCUGCAGUGAAAUCCUUACAAGCCAAAGAACACACAUUACACACAGAAGAUGGUGGCAUCCUCCACUACCAGAAGCUGUGUGUGUGCAGUGGGGCGAAACCCAGACUCCUGUCCCAGAAUAACCCUCACGUGUUGGGCAUACGUGACACGGACAGCGCCCAGGAGUUCCAGAAACGCUUGUCAACAGCCAGGCGGAUUGUGGUGGUGGGGAACGGAGGCAUAGCUCUGGAGCUGGUCUAUGAGGUGGAGGGCUGUGAGGUGAUCUGGGCAGUAAAGGACAAGGCCAUAGGGAACACCUUCUUUGACGCCGGGGCGGCCCAGUUCCUCAUCCCAGCACUGGCGCAGGACAAACCAGAGAGGGCCACGCCAUGCAAGAGAGCUCGCUACACUACGGAGGCAGCGGCAGAUGGGGCAUCGGCUGGCGUGAGCCGGGCAUCUGGAGAGACGGGCAGCGCUCUGGGGCCAGACUGGCACGAGGGCAUCAGCCUCAGAGGAGCACACAAGGGUUCCCAUAAUGUGACUAUGGAGUACCAGUGUGAGAUCAGGAGGAUCUGCACCCAGCAGGAGAUUCUGCAGUCACCUCCUGAGGACCCCCAGAGCACUGAUGCAGCCCCCUCUCCCGAUGUGGGAACAUGGCCUGUGUACGUGCAGCUUACCAACGGUCGGACCUACGGCUGCGACUUCAUCGUCAGCGCCACGGGGGUUGUUCCCAACACCGAACCCUAUCUCCAUGGAAACAGUUUUGAGGUGGCAGCUGACGGAGGUCUGCAGGUGGAUGAUCACAUGCGCACCUCUGAGGCGGACGUGUUUGCUGCGGGAGACGUGUGCAGUGCAGGGUGGGAGCCCAGCCAUCUAUGGCAACAGAUGCGCCUAUGGACCCAGGCUCGGCAGAUGGGCUGGUACGCAGGCCGCUGCAUAGCUGCGGAGGUUCUGGACGAGCCCAUCGAGCUGGACUUCUGCUUCGAACUCUUCACCCACAUCACCAAGUUCUUCAACUACAAGGUGGUUCUGCUGGGGAAGUUCAACGCUCAGGGCUUGGGUCAGGACCACGAGCUGCUGCUGCGCUGCACCAAAGGCCUCGAGUACGUCAAGGUGGUGCUUAGCAACGGCAGGAUGAUGGGCGCCGUGCUCAUCGGGGAGACGGACCUGGAGGAGACCUUCGAGAACCUCAUCCUCAACCAGAUGGACCUGUCCGCCUACGGAGAAGACCUGCUCGACCCUAACAUAGACAUCGAGGACUACUUCGAUUAACGGCAGCAGUGUGUUUUGGUUCCCUGGGGAUGGAGCUGCAGUUUAGAAAGCCCUUGCUUAAAGG